CUUCCAUAACAAGCUUCCAACUUCCAAGCAGCACUUGUCCUUCAAGCAAUUAAGGCGCACAGAAAACAUUGAUGGCGGAUUUAUUACCCCCUAAUAGAAGCACAUGACGUUUUUUUCUCCUCCUUUUUUUUAAAAGUUGACCUCCUGAAUUGUUUUAAAUGAAUGCGUGGCCGGAUUUGGAAAUGCCCAAACCUUUAGCGCACAUCAAGAGACCCAUGAACGCGUUCAUGGUGUGGUCCAGGGGUCAGAGGCGCCAGAUGGCCCAGGACAACCCAAAGAUGCACAAUUCGGAAAUAAGCAAGAGGCUGGGCGCCGAGUGGAAAAAACUCAGCGACUCCGAGAAGCGUCCUUACAUCGACGAGGCCAAAAGGCUCCGGGCGCAACACAUGCGAGAACACCCGGACUACAAGUACAGACCUCGGCGCAAACCCAAAACUCUUCCUCAAGCGGAGCGCCUCGUUUUCCCGCAUGUGGAGCCCUUGAAGGGAUUCUCCGUGGACUCGUCCUUUCUAAUCCACGGGGAUAAAGCUCCCACUCUCCUGGCGCCGUCCCCCGUGAGACAUCUCCAUCGGAUGGCCGAGUUCCAGCCGCCUUUGAGCGGCUACAGCGCGCCCGCCUUCGGGUACCACUCCGGGGCGGUGGUCGGGGGUUUGGCUUGUCUCGGACAGCACACCCACGCGUCGCCUGGUAGCCCUUAUGUGGUGCCGUGCAACUGUGGAGCGUGGUCGGCGGCCGGUGUGCAGCCUCAAGUGGCUUACAUUCUACUCCCGGGAGGGAUGAGCAAGAGCGGCGUGGACGCGUACGCAGCACCCGGAGCCAGUGCGUAAAUGACCAGUGCGUCAAUGGAGGGCAGGCGGGGACA